AUGACGCCCAUGGAACGCAACAAGGACCCCGUUGAGCCUGGACCAGAAGGUCACGCUCGUUACUUGUUGAAGGCCAAGUACGCCGGUCGCCCCUACUCUGUAGAAGCCUCGGACAUAGUAUCUGUGACGAGUGUGCUGGCACAUUUCAGAGAGCUUGAUUAUAGUACGCGGCCCAGCACGGGAGCCGAGAUUUCGCAACCUAAAGCCUCCCAAGAUGACAUUUUACGUCUAGAAGAUGUGAACGCUUCCUCUCUGGCAAUGUUUGCGCAGUUGAGAAUCCAUUGGGUCGAUGACCUGCCCUCUCACUUGCAUUUCGAUAAACGGCACCAAACAUUGUCCGUGUUUAAAUACCCAACUCUCUGCGCAAGAUAUAUUCUCAAAGGCUGCGAAAACGGGAUCUCAAAAUUAGCGCUUCUUGCCAUGGACGGUCGUCUUCUUGACCUCUAUCAAGUAAACGGUCUUCUUGACCUCUAUCGAGAGGUUAUGCUUUCUUAUAAGCUACUAUUUUCCACGCCGGCUUCACAGCGACUAUUGAAAAAGGAAUUAGCAAAGUUAAAACACGUCGACCACUUUCUUGAACGCAUGACCAAGCCCCACAACAACGGCGAGGGCUGGGACUUGGAAUCGCUUUCUGUCUGCGGCAGGUCACGUUUGUUUUCUCGACGGGCAGAGGCGAAUCCGCUGUUCAUACCUGGACUCUUUCCGCAAUCCGUCAAAGCCGAUGAUGGCCAGCUCUUAGAUUUGAAAGCCUUUUCAGUCCGCGGCGACCUUCCAAGAUAUGGUUCGAGGUUCCUCACCAUUCGAGAUUACACCAAGCAACAGGAGCCGAACACGCUCAAGGGCGUCUUUUGGGACCAACGUGCUCAUUGGGAUAAUUACUAUUGGCUUUGGUUUGGCUGA